AUGGCUGUGGAUUCCACAAUUUCAUCUCCAUUGGGUCCCCCUGCGUGCGAGAAAGACGCAAAGGCACUGCAGUUCAUAGAGGAAAUGACCCGAAAUGCCGACACCGUCCAAGAGAGGGUGCUGGCGGAGAUUCUUAGCAGGAACGCCGACACAGAGUACCUUAAACGCUUCAAACUGGGAGGCGCCGCCGACACUGAAACCUUCAAGUCCAAGAUUCCCGUCAUCACGUACGAGGAUGUUCAGCCCGAGAUUCAGCGAAUCGCCAAUGGCGACCGCUCUCCAAUCUUGUCUGCUCACCCUAUCUCUGAAUUCCUAACAAGUUCUGGGACUUCAGCGGGUGAAAGAAAACUCAUGCCCACGAUUAAGGAAGAGCUGGAUCGUCGCCAACUUCUAUACAGCCUCCUCGUGCCAGUUAUGAACCUUUAUGUACCGGGUUUGGACAAAGGAAAGGGCCUAUACUUUUUAUUCGUGAAGUCCGAAACAAAGACACCUGGUGGGUUAUUGGCCCGCCCGGUUCUCACAAGCUACUACAAGAGUGACCAUUUCAAGACCCGACCCUAUGACCCGUACAAUGUCUACACUAGCCCCAACGAAGCCAUCUUGUGCCCUGACUCAUUCCAGAGCAUGUACACCCAAAUGCUCUGUGGGCUCAUGGAGCGCAACCAAGUGCUCCGCCUCGGCGCCGUCUUCGCCUCCGGUCUACUCCGAGCAAUUCGGUUCCUCCAACUCAAUUGGCCCGAACUGGCCCAUGACAUCAAAAUCGGGUCCUUAAAUUCCCGAAUCACCGACCCGGCAAUAAGGGAUUGCAUGAUUAAUGUCAUGAAACCCGACCCGGAAUUAGCAUCUUUUUUGACACAAGAAUGUUCCAAGGAAGAUUGGGAAGGAAUCAUCACGAGGAUUUGGCCCAACACAAAAUACCUAGACGUGAUCGUAACGGGUGCUAUGGCUCAGUACAUUCCAACACUCAACUACUACAGUGGUGGGUUGCCACUUGCAUGUACCAUGUACGCUUCCUCGGAAUGCUACUUCGGACUCAACCUUAAUCCCAUGUGCAAGCCUUCCGAGGUUUCGUACACCAUCAUGCCAAACAUGGCCUAUUUCGAGUUCCUCCCCCACGAAUCCGGGACUAUGAACUUGUCCGGAUUUGACUCGCCGGCGAGGCUAGUUGACCUCGCCGACGUAGAAGUGGGGAAGGAAUAUGAGUUAGUCAUCACCACCUAUGCGGGGUUGUACCGUUACAGGGUUGGAGACAUACUCCGAGUCACCGGAUUCCACAACUUGGCGCCGCAAUUCCACUUCGUGCGACGAAAGAACGUGUUGCUAAGCAUUGACUCCGACAAGACUGAUGAAGCAGAGUUGCAGAAAGCAAUGGAGAAUGCUUCGAAGCUUCUUACUGAGUUCAACACGAGCGUGGUUGAAUACACGAGCUAUGCGGACACGAAGACGAUACCGGGUCAUUAUGUGAUAUAUUGGGAGCUGUUCAUCAAAGACUCGUCCAACUCACCGAGUCACGAGGUGCUGAAUCGGUGUUGUUUGGAGAUGGAGGAAUCGUUAAACUCAGUUUACAGGCAGUGUCGGGUUGCGGACCAUUCAAUUGGGCCAUUAGAAAUACGGGUUGUGAAGAGUGGCACUUUUGAGGAGCUAAUGGAUUAUGCAAUCUCAAGAGGUGCAUCCAUAAAUCAAUAUAAGGUGCCAAGGUGUGUGAAUUUUACUCCAAUAAUGGAGCUUUUGGACUCUAGGGUUGUUUCUGUCCAUUUUAGCCAAGAUUUGCCACAUUGGACCCCUAAAAGGAGGUGA